AAGGCCCAAAAUUCAGAAGCUCGUAAUUUUUAUUUCCCGGGGCGUUAAUUGCUAAAUCACCAAAUCGGCAAAUCCACCGUCGCUCUCCCUCUCGUGCGCGCCCAAGUCGCCUUCUUUCUCUGGUGCUUGCGGCUGCGGCCGAAAGGCGAUCCAACCAGAUUGGUGGUGGGUGAGAGAAAGCUGUGAAUGACUGUUCCGUAGGUUCUCCUUGCGUUAAUAACAUGGAAGAAGAUGAAGAAAAGAAGCUCACAGAAGCUUCUGAUAGACAUUCUGAUGUGGCCGAAUUACCUAGUUCUGUAGGGAAUAGGAUAGAAGCGUUUGAUCAGGAGAAUUCUGGUUCUGUUCGGGAUGACAAUUCUGGGGUAGGACAGAUUGCCACAGCGUCACAAGGGAUCAGUUCGUUUGAUGCUGUCCUCAAGGAUGACCAUUUUGAACAGGUCUCUUUGGGAGAUCAAGAUAAGGCUGCAACUGAACCACAGGACGACCUUACAGAGUCCGGAAGAGCUUCCUUCUCUGAAUAUGGGAGGUCUUCAUUUGGUGGCACUGAAGGGAAGCUUUCAUCGAAGACACAGGAGGUGCAAUAUGGUUCUGGCCCUAAGGAUAAUGAGCAAAGUGAUCGGUUUUCAAGCGCUGGGCUAGAAAGAGAGAUAUCUUAUUCCAUGAAGCAGUCUCACUCAUCAAAUACUCUGGAUUCCUUUCACCACCCUGAAUCUGGAUAUUCCCCAGUUCAUUCCCCUCAGAGGCCUAGACCAAAAGCUGCAAUGCCAAAUGUUUCUCCAGAAUUAUUGCAUCUAGUGGAUUCAGCCAUCAUGGGGAAGCCUGAAAGCUUAGAAAAACUAAAGAAUAUUGUAAACGGUAUGGAGAGUUUUGGCUCUGGAGAGGAUCCAGAGACAAUUGCUUUCUUAGUUAUUGAUUCACUUCUUGCGACAAUGGGUGGAGUUGAGAGUUUCGAAGAGGAUGAAGAUAGCAACCCUCCCAGUGUGAUGUUAAAUUCUCGUGCUGCCAUUGUUGCCGGUCAGCUUAUUCCUUGGCUUCCUUGCUUAGGUGACAGUGUCAAUUUUAUGUCUCCUAGGACCCGCAUGGUGCAAGGAUUACUAGCUAUCUUACGUUCUUGCACGAGAAACAGAGCUAUGUGCUCGUUGGCAGGGUUGCUGGGAGUUCUUUUGCGAGCGGUUGAGGAUAUAGUAUCCAGGGAUGUCAAUACAAAAUGGAAAGCAGCCGCUUUGUUUCACUGCAUUCAACAUUUAGCUGGGCACUCUAUUAGUGUCUGUGAUUUGCAUAAAUGGCUUCAAAUUAUUAAACAAACUCUUACAACGGUGUGGUCAAGUCCUCUGAUGCAUGCUUUGGAGAAGGCAAUGAGUGGAAAGGAGUCAAGGGGACCGGCAUGCACAUUUGAGUUUGAUGGUGAAAGCUCUGGCUUGCUUGGUCCUGGUGAAAGUCGUUGGCCCUUUACCAAUGGCUAUGCUUUUGCAACGUGGAUCUAUAUUGAAUCUUUUGCUGACACAUUAAAUGCUGCAACUGCCGCAGCUGCAAUUGCUGCAGCUGCAGCGGCCAAGUCAGGGAAAUCAUCUGCAAUGUCAGCUGCAGCGGCUGCAAGUGCGCUUGCCGGUGAGGGUACUGCUCACAUGCCACGUUUAUUCAGCUUUUUGUCUGCUGAUAAUCAGGGAAUAGAAGCAUAUUUCCAUGCACAGUUUUUGGUGGUUGAGAGUGGUAGUGGGAAAGGAAGAAAGGCGUCUCUGCAUUUUACUCAUGCAUUUAAGCCGCAGUGUUGGUAUUUUAUUGGCCUGGAGCAUACCUGCAAGCAGGGACUUUUAGGGAAAGCAGAGAGUGAACUCAGGCUGUAUAUUGAUGGGUCCUUGUAUGAAACUCGUCCUUUUGAAUUUCCUCGUAUAUCCAAGCCGCUUUCAUUCUGCUGCAUUGGAACCAACCCUCCUCCUACGAUGGCUGGUCUACAACGUCGUCGUCGUCAAUGUCCUUUAUUUGCUGAGAUGGGACCAGUUUAUAUAUUUAAGGAAUCGAUUGGUCCUGAAAAAAUGGCACGGUUGGCGUAUAGAGGUGGGGAUGUUUUGCCUUGUUUUGGUAAUGGGGCAGGCAUUCCUUGGUUAGCCACAAAUGACCACAUCCGUAGCAGAGCAGAGGAAAGCAGUCUUUUGGAUGCAGAGAUUGGAGGAUACAUCCAUCUGCUUUACCACCCCUGUCUGCUUAAUGGACGGUUUUGUCCAGAUGCUUCACCUUCUGGAGCAACAGGCAUUCUAAGACGGCCAGCUGAGGUUCUUGGACAAGUCCAUGUUGCUACGAGAAUGAAGCUGAUGGAGUCCCUCUGGGCACUAGGUUAUGGAGGACCCAUGUCUUUACUGCCUCUGACUGUUAGCAAUGUGCAUAAAGAUAGCCUUGAACCAUUACCAGGAAGUCUUCCAUUGUCUUCGGCUACAGCUGCUCUUGCUGCACCUAUAUUCCGAAUUCUCUCUGUUGCUAUUCAACAUCCCGGGAACAAUGAAGAAUUGUAUCGCAACCGUGGGCCUGAGAUUCUGGCCAGAAUUCUCAGUUAUCUUCUACAGUCACUUGCAUCUCUUGAUCGGAAUCAAGGUGGAGUAGGAGAUGAGGAACUAGUUGCUGCCAUUGUUUUACUUUGCCAAUCUCAGGAGAUCAAUCAUGCUCUUAAAGUGCAGCUCUUUAGUACGCUGCUGUUAGAUCUGAAGAUAUGGAGUUUGUGCAAUUAUAGGCUCCAGAAAAAGCUUUUGUCAACCCUUGCAGAUAUGGUAUUCACUGAAGCGUCAGCCAUGAGGAAUGCCAAUGCAAUGCAGAUGCUUCUAGAUGGAUGUCGAAGAUGUUACUGGAUGGUUCGUGAAAGGGACUCUGUGAACACAUUUUCUCUUGAUGAAGAUACACGUCAAAUGGGGGAAGUUAAUUCCUUGGUUGAUGAACUUUUGGUGAUUAUUGAACUACUAAUGGGUGCGGCAUCUCCUUCAUUGGCUGCCGUUGAUGUCGGUCGAUUACUUGGCUUCAUAACUGACUGCCCACAGCCAAAUCAGGUUGCAAGGGUAUUGCAUCUGAUGUAUAGGCUGGUUGUGCAGCCAAAUGCUGCUAGAGCUAAGACAUUCGCAGCGGCAUUUAUAUCAUCCGGUGGAAUAGAAACAUUUCUUGUUCUUCUGCAGAGAGAAACUAAAACUGGUGAUUACGAUAUUCUAGAAUCUCUGGGUAAGAGUGCCCCAGACUUACCACCUGACCAAAGUGAACAGAGUCAGUCCAAUGGGCCUGGGUUGUUAAAGCAGAUGGAUUCAGACCUAUUAGACAUAGAGAGUGACUCUGGUCUUCCUGCUCCUGAUGACAAUUGUGAUCAGGGUGAUAACGUAGGAUCUUUAAAGGAAGCAGACGCAGUUCAACAAGAAAACAAGCAUGGAUACGAGCAUUCUGUUCAUGACAGUGGCUCAUUUUCCAUCUCCGAUUCCAUAAAUACUGGGAGAGCAUCACCCGUUUCUGAAAACGGUGGUAUAAGUCUUUCGAUAAAUGCAGAUAACACAAGAAAUAGUGUGUACAAUGUUGACAAUAGCGAUGGAAUUGUGGUCGGGAUCAUCAGAUUGAUUGGUGCAUUAAUAUCAAAUGGGCACCUGACAUUUGACUCAGGUGUUCGUUCUGAUGUGCCGAAUAACCUCCUGGGCAGCGGACUCAACGAAAAUGGUGGUACAAUGUUUGAUGAUAAAGUCGCAUUGCUUCUAUUUGCUCUGCAGAGAGCGUUUCAAGCAGCUCCAAACCGGCUAAUGACUGACAAUGUGUACACAACUUUGCUUGGGGCCACGAUUAAUGCUUCGUCAACUGAGGAUGGCCUGAACUUUUACGAUUCAGGUCAUCGUUUUGAACAUGCUCAACUCCUGCUAGUCCUCUUAAGGUCUCUUCCAUUUGCAUGUAGGGCUUUGCAAAGCCGAGCACUUCAGGAUCUUCUAUUUUUGGCUUGUAGUCAUCCGGAAAAUAGGAAUAGUCUGACAACAAUGGAGGAGUGGCCUGAAUGGAUCUUGGAAAUCCUUAUUUCGAACUAUGAGAAGGAUGCAGGGAAGCAGUCUGCUUCGGGUGGUUCUGCGGAGGUGGAAGAUCUCAUCCACAACUUCUUAACCAUAAUGUUGGAGCAUUCAAUGCGCCAGAAGGAUGGUUGGAAGGAUAUUGAGGCUACAAUUCAUUGUGCAGAGUGGCUAUCUAUUGUUGGUGGAUCUAGCACUGGAGAGCAACGAAUUAGGCGUGAGGAGUCAUUACCAAUCUUCAAAAGAAGGCUUCUGGGUGGAUUGCUAGACUUUGCUGCCAGAGAGCUGCAGGCUCAGACUCAAGUUAUUGCUGCAGCUGCUGCUGGUGUUGCAGCAGAGGGUUUAGCUCCAAAGGAGGCAAAGGCAGGAGCAGAAAAUGCUGCUCAGCUUUCUGUGUUUCUGGUGGAAAAUGCAAUAGUGAUUUUGAUGCUUGUCGAAGAUCAUCUGCGAUUACAAAGCAAACAGGCUUGUGCAUCGCAUGCUGUUGAUGCUUCUCCAUCACCUCUUUCUCUUGUCUCUCCUCUGAACAGCCGUCCAAAUACGCUGGCACCAAUUGGGGAAUUAUCAGAGAUUUCCAGUAGUCGUGUUUCAGUCUCUAGUAAUUCAGGGGGAGUCCCUUUAGAUGUGCUUGCUUCAAUGGCUGAUGCAAGUGGACAGAUAUCUGCGGCAAUAAUGGAGCGUCUAACAGCUGCAGCUGCAGCUGAGCCUUAUGAAUCAGUUUCAUGUGCUUUUGUUUCUUAUGGCAGCUGUGCCAUAGAUUUGGCUGAGGGAUGGAAGUAUAGGAGUCGAUUGUGGUAUGGUGUUGGCCUCCCUUCUAAAUCUACUUGUUUUGGUGGUGGUGGCAGUGGUUGGGACUCCUGGAAAUCCACUUUAGAAAAAGAUGCUAACGGAAACUGGAUUGAACUUCCUUUGGUUAAAAAAUCCGUAUCCAUGCUUCAAGCUUUGCUGCUAGAUGAGUCUGGUCUUGGUGGGGGCCUAGGAAUAGGUGGAGGAUCAGGUACAGGGAUGGGAGGAAUGACGGCUCUCUACCAGUUACUGGAUAGUGACCAACCUUUCUUAUGCAUGCUCCGUAUGGUGCUCUUGUCUAUGAGGGAAGACGACUAUGGUGAAAAUAGUACAUUGAUGAGAAAUUUAAGUUCUGAAGAUGGUUUCUCUGGUGGAUUGCAUCGUCCCUCAGGAAACAUAGUCUCAUUAGAUAACAGUUCUCAUAUGUCAGUGCGGCAAUCACGAUCAGCUUUAUUGUGGAGUGUGCUCUCUCCUCUCCUAAACAUGCCAAUUUCUGAUUCAAAGCGGCAGAGAGUGUUGGUUGCUGCAUGUGUUCUUUAUUCCGAGGUAUGGCAUGCUGUGAGCAGGGAUAGGAGACCACUCCGUAAGCAGUACCUUGAGGCUAUUUUGCCACCCUUUGUUGCAGUCCUUCGGAGAUGGAGACCACUUUUGGCUGGCAUUCAUGAACUUGCCACUUCUGAUGGUUUCAAUCCCCUCGUUGUUGAUGAUCGUGCCUUGGCUGCUGACACACUUCCCGUGGAGGCUGCUCUUUCUAUGAUCACUCCGGAGUGGGCUGCUGCUUUUGCAUCGCCACCUGCUGCAUUGGCACUGGCCAUGAUAGCCGCAGGGGCAGCUGGUUGGGAAGCCCCAGCUCCUCCAGCACCUUCACAUCUUAGGCGAGACUCGUCAUUGCUUGAGCGUAAGACCGCGAGACUUCAUACCUUUUCAAGCUUUCAGAAACCAUUGGACGUUCCAACCGAUAGCACACCAGCUCGGCCAAGAGACAAGGCUGCAGCAAAAGCGGCAGCCUUGGCGGCGGCACGUGAUCUUGAACGGAAUGCAAAGAUAGGUUCAGGAAGAGGUCUCAGUGCUGUUGCAAUGGCCACAUCUGCACAACGAAGGAAUGCCAGUGAUAUGGAGCGUUUGCAGAGAUGGAAUAUUUCUGAUGCCAUGGGCGUAGCCUGGAUGGAAUGUCUUCAACCAGUGGACACAAAAUCAGUCUAUGGAAAGGAUUUUAAUGCUUUGUCCUACAAAUUUAUUGCCGUACUAGUAGCAAGCUUUGCUUUAGCACGUAACAUGCAGAGAUUAGAGAUUGACAGGCGUAUACAAGAUGAUAUCAUAGUGAGGCAUCGACUAUGCAAUGGAAUUCGUGGUUGGCGCAAACUCGUUCAUUAUUUGGUUGAAAUGAGAUGCUUUGUUGGGCCUUUUGGAGAUCAUUUUUGCUGUCCUGAAUACGUUUUCUGGAAGCUGGACUCUAUGGAAAGUUCUGCAAGGAUGAGACAGUGUUUAAGCAGGAACUAUUCUGGAACUGAUCAUCUCGGGGCAGCAGCAAACUACGAUGAUCAGACAGAGAUGAAAAAGAGUCAAGAUGGUUUAGGUUCUCCAUCGAAUGCCCCUGUUCUUUCUGCGGAAGCAAUAUCAAUGGAAGUGGUGUAUGAAGAAGAUGAACAAGGAGAGAGUGAUCAUCUUGAUAGCAAAGACAAUUAUGGAAAACAUGGUCGAGAAAAUGAACAGAGGAUGUCUGGAUCUCAUGAUCAUGCAGUGAGAAUGUCAACUGAAACUAGUGUUCCUCAACCUUUGAGUGCACAAGAUAUGGUCCGAGAUUCUUCGGCAGUAGCACCAGGAUUUGUUCCAAGUGAACAUGAUGAAAGGAUUCUUCUUGAGCUUCCUUCAUCUAUGGUCCGACCUCUACAAGUUGUGAAAGGAACGUUUCAGAUCACAACAGGGCGAAUAAAUUUUAUCGCCGACAGAGAAAGCCAAAGUUUGACUGGUAAAUCAGAUAGUUCUUCUGAAGCAGGAGACCGAGAAAAGGAUCGCAGUUGGCUGAUGUCUUCUGUGCAUCAGAUUUAUAGCCGAAGAUAUCUCCUGAGGAAGAGUGCUCUGGAGCUCUUUAUGAUCGACCGAUCAAACUUCUUCUUUGAUUUCGGGAAUACUGAGGGACGAAGAAAUGCAUAUCGAGCUAUCGUUCAAGCAAGGCCUCCUCAUCUGAAUAAUAUUUACCUAGCAACCCAAAGGCCGGAACAGCUUUUAAAAAGAACUCAGUUAAUGGAGCGCUGGGCUAGAUGGGAGAUCAGCAAUUUCGAGUACUUAAUGCAGCUCAAUACGCUAGCUGGGCGUAGUUAUAAUGACAUUACUCAGUAUCCUGUUUUCCCGUGGAUCAUAUCUGACUACAGUUCUGAAAGUAUCGAUCUUUCAAAUCCAUCGACCUACAGAGAUCUAUCCAAGCCUAUUGGUGCUUUGAACCCAGAGCGUCUAAAGAAAUUUCAGGAGCGAUAUUCUAGCUUUGACGAUCCAAUCAUCCCCAAAUUCCAUUAUGGUUCCCAUUACUCAAGUGCUGGAGCUGUGUUGUACUAUCUGACUAGAGUUGAGCCUUUUACAACCCUUUCUAUUCAACUGCAAGGUGGAAAAUUUGAUCAUGCAGACCGCAUGUUUUCAGACAUUGCAGCCACUUGGAAUAGUGUUCUUGAGGAAAUGAGUGAUGUGAAGGAGUUGGUUCCGGAGUUGUUUUACCUUCCUGAGAUGCUGACCAACGAUAACUCGAUCGACUUUGGUAUUACACAACUGGGAGAAAAGCUUGAUGGUGUGAAACUUCCUCCUUGGGCCAAAAACCCAGUUGAUUUUGUACACAAGCAACGAAUGGCCCUUGAGAGCGAACAUGUGUCUGCACAUUUGCAUGAGUGGGUCGAUCUCAUAUUUGGGUAUAAGCAACGUGGCAAGGAAGCUAUACUGGCAAACAAUGUUUUCUUCUACAUUACAUAUGAGGGGACCGUUGAUAUUGAUAAGAUCACAGACCCGGUACAACAACGUGCUACACAAGACCAGAUUGCUUAUUUUGGACAAACACCGUCCCAGCUCUUGACUGUCCCUCACAUGAAACGAAUUCCGCUGAAAGAUGUUCUUCAUAUGCAGACCAUCUUUCGGAAUCCAAAAGAGAUCAAGCCAUAUGCUGUUCCUUCACCCGAACGCUGCAACUUACCUGCCUCAGCCAUACAUGCAUCUUCAGACACGGUCGUGAUUGUUGACAUGAACGUCCCAGCAGCACAUGUGGCACAGCACAAGUGGCAGCCAAACACCCCUGAUGGCCAGGGUACUCCUUUCCUCUUUCAUCAUGGAAAAGCAACAACAACCUCAACUGGUGGAACUUUAAUACGCAUGUUCAAGGGUCCAGUCAGUUCUGGUCCUGAUGAUUGGCAAUUCCCUCAGGCACAAGCAUUUGCUUCAUCAGGGAUUAGAAGUUCAGCGAUCGUUGCAAUUACUAGUGAUGGAGAAAUUAUCUCAGGUGGGCAUGCUGAUAACAGUGUCAAGCUGAUCUCAUCUGAUGGAGCUAAAACAUUGGAAACUGCUUUCGGGCACUGCGCCCCUGUAACUUGUCUGGCUCUGUCCCCGGAUCAUAGUUUCCUUGUGACAGGCUCACGGGACACAACUGUGUUGCUGUGGAGAAUUCACAAGGGCCCCACUUCUGGGACAAGCAUGUCUGAGCAGUCAACUGGCUCAGGAAUGUCAUCCUUCGCCACAGGCAGCAGGAAAAAAUGUCGAAUCGAAGGACCAAUACAAGUACUUCGUGGCCAUCGAAGAGAAAUACUUUGUUGUUGUGUUAGUUCAGAUCAAGGAGUUGUUGUUUCGUCCUCGGAAUCCUCAGAUAUUCUAUUGCAUUCCGUAAGAAAAGGGCGGCUGAUCAGACGGUUAGGUGGAGUGGAGGCACAUGCUCUGUGCAUUUCAUCCGAGGGGGUUAUAAUGGCCUGGAACAGAUCGGAGAAUUCUAUUAGCGCUUUCUCCAUCAACGGGAUUCUGAUUGCCAAAGCCAAUCUCCCUUUCUCUUGUAGCAUCAGUUGCAUGGAAAUAUCUAUGGACGGCCAAAAUGCCUUGAUUGGGAUUAACUCGACUUCCAGUGAUGAUGUUUCGAGAAGUGAUAAUAGCAUGGCUUUGAGUCCAAAGAUACCAGCAAGUGAAGAUUCAUUAAAUCAAACCGAGGAGAUUGGUAGACUGGAUAUCUCAUCUCCUUCAAUUUGCUUCCUCAACCUAUACACACUCCAGGUAUUCCAUGUGCUGAAGUUGGCCCAAGGACAGGAUAUAACCACAAUGACUUUGAACACCGACAACACUAAUCUUUUAGUUGCCACUGCAGAUAAACAGUUGAUAAUCUUCACUGAUCCAGCUUUAAGCUUGAAGGUGGUGGAUCAGAUGCUGAAGCUUGGCUGGGAAGGAUAAGGGGUCAGCCCCUCGAUAAAAUCUUAGCAAUCCACGUGUCAUUGUGCCGUUGAAACUCCGAAGUUGCAGUACCAUCCGUAGAACCUAAAAUCAGAUGCCCUGCGCUUGGAAGUCAGGUUUUGGACGUGUGCUUUUGUCUUGUCUUGGCGAGGUGUAAAAUUAUAUUUGACUCCCAGCCUUCCAGAGAUAAAUCAGGUUGAAGCAGCAUCAUCACAGGCCUACGCCCAGCUUGAAGCCUAUACCAUUGUUUUAUUUUAUUUUGCUAUAUUUUUUUUUUGGCCCAAUUUGAGUUUUUUUCCUUUUUUUUUGGGAUGGAACAUACGAGUCAUUCAUUUUCUUUUGAUUUUUUGUGUGAUAGGUAACCUCGGAAAGACAUACAUAUGUUCAUUUUAUUACAUCCAUUUAGUUCACUGCAUCAGAUGUUGCUCACAUAACUUAUUAUAUUUUA